CUGAGUAAACAAAAACAGUGAGACUGGCUGUUGGGCAAGUCUGGGCCCUGCCUGUCUUUCUCUCUGUCUCCCUGCCUGUCUGUGCGUCUGUCUGUUGCACAGUUGAGCUGAGCUACAGAAACAGAUGUUAAAGGGUAUAACAACAUCCUGUGUGUGUGUGUGGUGUGGUGCGAGAAUUGCUUCACGCAGCGUCUGCCUGGAGCAGAGAAGGGGAAUUCGGGACAGGAAGUGGAAAAGUGAAAGCGUUUGAGAGGCAUUUUAAAGUGUCUGAGAGGAGUUUCACAUACAGACAACAACAGCGUCCCAUCGAAGAAUGAUGGACAGUGGCUAUGAGAUCCUUUCCAACAGCGGCUAUGCAGAUACAUGCAAAGUUACCAUGACAGCAGAAAUGCCGGAAUGCUUUAUCUGCAGAGACGUGCAGCUGGUAGAUGGAGAACCGCUGAGGAGAUUUUGUGACUGCAAAAACCUCAUGGCCCACCACAGCUGCCUGCUCACCUGGGUCAGAAAGGGACUUGGAAGUGAAGAUAGACUGAGAUGCAGUGCAUGCAAUGCUGAGUAUCAGCAGUGUCGGACGGCUGUGUGGAGGACUUUGGCCUGUCAGUGGCAGACGUGGCCUGUGGUAGUUGUGGCUGUGGCUUUGCUGGCCCUGGUGCCAUAUGCAGUGGUUCGCAUGCUGACGGCCUUCCAGAACCCCCCUCCACACGCACUGUUCAGAACUGCCGCCAUCUGCUUCGGCCUGCUGACCGAAACGCUGCUAAUCAGGUGUUUGUUCUGCUAUGUGAAUGGCCGUUACCGGCAGGCGGAGCAGAGCUCCUUCAGUCUUCAGCCUCGGAGCCUGGAGGAGGAGCAAGAGGACCUAGCAGUCAAAGGUCACGGUCAGCAACCAGAAGCAGGAGAGGGUAGUCAAGAGAGGGGUGGUCAGCGUAACCUUCUCUGGCCCUGGAAGAGCAGGCCUGCAGCGAGGAAGGAGAAGCAGAUUGACUUGCAGUGACUCAUUUAAGUUCUGGUCAUUAUGGAGCGGUCUUCUGCUGCCUGGGCUGGCCGCGUCCAAACCCAGCGCAAGCAGCAGCGUGAGAUAGAAGGAGCUUCUGGCAUUGACAGUUGUUGCUUUCCUUCUUGCUGCACUUGAACUGGGUUUAAGCCGAACCCCAAUCAUAGCCAAGCAAGGCUGAAAUGGGUCCAGACUUUUGUUCCAACAAGAGACACACCUGAUUCAGCCAAGUAAUGCUGCCUUUUUGCUCAACUGGUUGAGUCAGUUGUGUUGUCUUUGGUAUAAACAAAGACUGGACUCACCCCAUUUGACUGCAGAUAACACUGAGAACCACUGGGGUGGAGGGUGCUUUACAAACUGUUCCUCUUUAGCUACUUUAUCACCACUGUAAUAUCAAGACCACCUAGCUCCAUUAUGUUUUAUAUUUCUUUAUGCAGUGUGAAAAUGAUAACUGAUUUUUACAUUAUGUGCAACAUUUCACCAAAAAAUACUUGGAAUCAAAUCUUGUUGCAUUAACUUACAGCAGGGCAUAUAUCAUGGAAAAUGGUGAUAUACGGCAGUGUGUAAACACUGGUACAACUUCAAAAUGUCCAUACACGGAAAUUAAACUGCAAAAACAGUCCAUUUUGAAUGCACUGUCUUUGUUGUGUCUCGAAAACUAGCGCAGUUACACAUAUCUACCUAUUAUUCCUACAGCAGUUUAGCCCUGCCUAACCAUGCUGAAGUUAUAAGGAGUGUGUCAGCCCGGCCUGCUUUUUGAAUACAGAGCAGCCAAUCAGAACAGAUAUCUUUUAAAUAUGCAAGUCUUAAAGGCACAGUAACAUAACCUGGCUGUUUAAUUCUAAGUAAUAAAGAGAGGUUUUACUAUGAAAACAAUUUAUUAUUGAUGUUUUACACAUAAACCCUGACAAACCUUAGAACUGGACAUAAAUAAAACUGAACAGGAAAAUAAUAAUAAUAAAAAAAGAGAACAAUGUAGAAUACAUCUUUCCCUUCUCCUGUGAAGUUACUUUUGUGGAGGUAAUUGAUCAUCUGUGUAAUAUCUAUUAUACAUUGAUAAGAGUAACAAUGUGUAAGUCUUCCAUUUAAAUACUAUAUUAUAUUGUUAAUUGCACAUGUCACUUUUAAAACAUUUCUUGUUAUUUUGCCAAGUUCAGAAUUAUAAUCGACUCUAUUUUUGUGCCACUUUCUUCUUGGAACUUUUUAUACAUUAGGAUAAUAUUUUCUUUAAUAAAACACAGUACUGUUUUACACAGACACAUUUUUAUGCAUGCUUAGUAUCUUGUUGCAAUCUGGUAUCAUUUACAGGAGCUACUAUGACAUUAUUCACAGUAUGUUUGCAGUAUGCAGGUGCUUACUGUUUGGGGAUGAUUUUAAAUUUUGCUUUUCAUUAUAAAAGAUUGAAAAAGUCAGUAUUGGAAUGGAAAUUUUAUCUUCUGCUUUUGGCACUGUUAUACUGAAUAUGCUGUAAUUUAGUCAUAUGUUUUCACUUUCUUGCACAGUAUUUGUUUGGGACGCUGCUCUCAUUUGAGUGCAGUAUUGUGAAAUAAAGCUUCAUUAUUUUUUA